GCACUGACUGUCCGAAGGAGGUUGUCAUGGAAGACGACGAAGUUCAUUCGUCUCCUGAUAGUAGCGACUCCCGAGAUGACUACUCUGGAGAGAUUGACAAUGAGGACAACUUCGUGGACGACGGCGAUGAAGAAUACACCCUCGAUUCACCUCCGUCGAGCGCUCAUACAAAGUCGCAGAAUGUCGCUGCUCUGGUGAGAGGCAAUCUAGUUGUGAAAAGACAGUCACUUCUUCCUCGAGUGCUUUCAGUGACAGAUGGAGCAGCUGUUGCAAGAAAACCUUUCAAAUCUCCAUGCCUCAAGGGCUACAGUGAUCACAACGAACAGCUUGUUCGUCGUCUCUGGGCUCGCAAACGAUUUGUCCCAUGGGGCUCCUCAAGGCCAGCAUUGGUUGCAAUAACCAAUAGGUUCAAUGUCCCUCUUGAGACUGAGAAAGAUGUGUCUGAGGAGAUUGUGAGUCUGCCACCUGGGAUUGAUCCUUUAGUGUUGUGGGAACCCGAAGAGCCAGAAGAGGGAGCUUGUAACUUGACACCAAUUGUGGUGGACCCCUUGCUGGUUCGUUUCCUCCGACCCCAUCAAAGAGAAGGGGUUCAGUUCAUGUUUGACUGUGUUUCUGGGUUAUGUGGCUCUGCCAAUAUCUUUGGAUGCAUUUUGGCCGAUGAUAUGGGUUUGGGGAAGACUCUGCAGUCAAUCGCAUUGCUGUUCACUCUUCUUCGCCAGGGCUUUGAUGGGAAACCAAUGGUUAAUAAGGCAAUCAUUGUCACUCCUACAAGUCUUGUGAGCAACUGGGAGGCUGAAAUUAUUAAGUGGCUAGGAGGAAGAGUUCAGGUUAUUGCUCUUUGUGAAAGCACCCGAGAUGAUGUUGUCUCUGGAAUUGAUAGUUUCACAAGGCCUCGGAGCCCUUUUCAGGUAUUAAUUGUUUCAUAUGAAACAUUCCGAAUGCAUUCAUCAAAAUUCAACCAAAGUGGUUCUUGUGACCUUCUUAUAUGCGACGAGGCGCAUAGGCUGAAAAAUGACCAGACAUUAACAAAUCGGGCAUUGGCCGCGCUCCCAUGCAACCGCCGUAUACUAUUAUCGGGAACUCCAAUGCAGAAUGAUCUAGAAGAGUUCUUUGCAAUGGUUAACUUUACAAAUUCUGGAAUCUUGGGUGAUGCUGCAUAUUUUCGCCGUUACUAUGAAGCACCAAUCAUUUGUGGAAGAGAACCUACUGCCAGUGAAGAAGAGAAGCAACUGGGGGUUGAACGCUCUUCUGAAUUAAGUGCAAAAGUAAAUCAGUUUAUAUUGCGCAGGACAAAUGCACUUCUGUCGAAUCACUUACCACCAAAGAUAGUUGAAGUUGUUUGCUGCAAGUUGACUCCUCUCCAGUCAGAACUUUAUAACCACUUUAUUCAUUCCAAAAAUGUUAAGCGUGUAAUUGCUGAAGAAAUAAAGCAAUCAAAAAUAUUAGCUUACAUUACAGCUCUUAAGAAGCUCUGCAACCAUCCAAAGCUCAUUUAUGACACAAUAAGAAGUGGUAGUCCAGGAACUUCAGGGUUUGAGGAUUGUAUGCGCUUUUUUCCUCCAGAAAUGUUCUCCGGAAGAUCUGGGUCUUGGACUGGUGGCUUCGGUACGUGGGUUGAGCUAUCUGGGAAAAUGCAUGUCUUAGCCCGGUUGCUGGCACAACUACGUCAGAGAACUGAUGAUCGUAUUGUUCUUGUAUCAAACUACACUCAGACACUGGACCUUUUUGCUCAAUUGUGUCGUGAAAGAAGAUAUCCAUACUUGAGGCUUGAUGGAACCACAACAAUCAAUAAAAGACAGAAGUUAGUUAACCGUUUUAAUGACCCAUCAAAGGAUGAGUUUGUGUUUCUCUUAAGCAGCAAGGCUGGUGGUUGUGGCCUCAAUUUGAUAGGUGGAAAUCGACUGGUCUUGUUUGAUCCUGAUUGGAAUCCUGCCAAUGAUAAACAAGCGGCUGCAAGAGUAUGGAGGGAUGGACAAAAAAAGAGAGUAUAUAUCUACAGAUUUUUGAGUACUGGAACCAUUGAAGAGAAGGUGUACCAGCGUCAGAUGUCAAAAGAAGGGCUUCAAAAAGUUAUUCAGCAAGAGCAAACAAACAGUCUUAAGACGCAGGUGAACUUUCUAUCAGCAGAAGAUCUACGUGAUCUGUUCACUUUUCAUGAGAAUGCGAGGUCUGAAAUUCAUGAAAAUAUGAGCUGUGUACGUUGCCAAAAUUGUGAUGAUAUGAUGGGUUUAGGAGAGGGAGAUGGUGUUAAAUCAACAGAUGAAGGUUGUAAAUCUGAUCAAGAGGAUUCUGAUAUUGGUGGAUUUGCAGGUGUUUCUGGUUGCUUUCAUAAGUUGAAGAGUUCAGAGAAACAGGUGGGGGCACCUCUAGAAGAAGAUUUAGGCAGCUGGGGGCAUCAUUUUUGCUCGACAUCAGUACCUGAUGUUAUUUUUCAAGCUUCAGCUGGUGAUGAGGUGACAUUUGUUUUUACAAACCAAGUCGACGGGAAGCUUGUUCCCGUUGAAUCAAUGCUAGCCCCAAAGAAGCAUGAAGUGGUAACUAAUAAAAAUCACUCCUGCUCAGGAGAACUACCGAGCCAUCAAUCUGUACCAUUACUUCAAGAUAUGCAAGCAGUUCCCUCCAUUUUGGCCGAUGGGGAUUCCAGAAAAAAUACAAAUACAAAUUCAAUACUUGCAUCUUUGCCGAGGAUUCCAAUGAAAUCAGCGAGAACUUCUUUAAAAGGAGACUUCUGAUGGGCGUCUCUCUAGUGGUAGUUCGGGAAUCAUCCACGUGUUGUAUGCCCAAAGAAGGAGCUGCUUAAGUUCAUCCAAGAAGGAUGAACCAUGUGGGCGCCAACAUUUUCAUUUAGUUCGAAGUGGAGACAACCCCUUGUAUUAUAUAUAUGCAUGUUUGUCAAGAUAAGAAUCUGGAUCAAGGUCAAACAGCAUGGAAUUUGCACUGUUCACUAAAGGGAAAAAGAAGAGCAUGUUGUAUCUCUACAUGGGUAGCUGAGAAGAAAUGACAUUUGUGAGCACUUUGUCCUUACCCGCUGUUUAUUUUUUUUCCUGCUAAAUAAUAUAUUUAAUUUUGAGAUAGAUUUGAACUUCGGCAUAAAACAAUCACAAUGCUUACUUGCUUAGUCAACCAGCGUAGGUGUUGAACUUGAUCAGCAUUUCUAUUCAUAAUGCACA